AUGAUUGUCAAAAAAGGCCUAAAAUCUACAACAUAUCGAUUGAUAAUCAAUCAGACCGUCUCUGAGAUAGUGUUCAGCGUACUGGCCAUCAGUCGCAGUGUUAUUUGUAACGGGUUUUUGAUAAAAGAUUUGCCAGUAUUUUUAGGCUACAGUUGCGGAACACUCAUAUCGGUAAACGACUCGACACUAUAUGUGUCCGGUUUCUCGAUGCUGGUCAUAGCCUAUGAACGAUACCGCAAAAUAUAUCGACCAAUGAGUUCUGAACUACAAUUACAACAAUGGAUUGCCGGCAUCUGGUUGCUGGCCAUUGGAUUAUCACUAUUUAAUAACAUUAACCGACAAAACAUGAUAUUUUUUAACAAACAUGUCAUCUACCGGUGCCAAGUAUUGUUUGACACUGAUAUUACAUUUUUCCGAAAACGUUAUAACUAUGCGGUAGUGUUUUCGGUGUGUUGUGUCAUCACUUUAGUAACAAUCGCUUACCUAUACUACCGGGUCAUCCAAAAGGUAAGAGACCGACAAUUAGUGGGCAAUACUGUUAUGGCUCGACGAGCGGAGACACUGAUAAAAAACAAACGGCGAACCAUUGAUAUGUUGUUGGCUAUAGUUAUCAUGUAUUCAAUAGUCACUACACCUUACUAUUUGUUUAUCUUUAAUGAGACAUUCAUCCGAAAGGUUGAUCCGCGCGAAGACUGUCGCCGAGAGGAGAGCGCAUCCAUCUAUAAGUUCAUAUUUCUUGGUUUCUUCUACUUCGGCAGUCUUUGUGUUAAUCCAUUCAUCAUCUGUUGGUAUAAUCAUGACUUUCGUAACGAGAUAUGUCGUAAAUUUGGUUUACAAACUGUCUUACAAUCUACCGGUGCUGACAAUAUUACGGAUGAAACCACUUCAUUAUAG